AUGUCGGACGAUGAGAGAGCACAUGCGCUGCAAUCUUUCAAGACGAAGCUUCUCGAAUCAAGGGAAUGGGAGGCAAAGUUGAAGGCACUGCGGCAGGACAUCAAGGGAUUGCAAAAGGACUUUGAUCAGACGGAAGAGAACAUCAAAGCUCUACAGAGUGUCGGUCAGAUCAUUGGAGAGGUGUUAAAACAGCUGGACGACGAGAGAUUCAUCGUCAAAGCCUCAUCGGGACCUCGAUAUGUCGUCGGCUGUAGAUCAAAGGUGGAUAAGGUUGCGCUCAAGCAAGGAACUCGAGUCGCUCUGGAUAUGACAACACUCACAAUCAUGCGAAUGCUACCGCGAGAAGUCGAUCCUCUUGUUUAUAAUAUGUCGCUGGAAGACCCGGGGCAAGUCAGCUUUGGUGGAAUUGGUGGGUUAAACGAGCAGAUCAGAGAACUGAGAGAGGUCAUUGAGUUGCCAUUAAAGAAUCCCGAAUUGUUUCUGAGAGUCGGAAUUAAACCUCCAAAAGGAGUUCUGUUAUAUGGACCUCCAGGAACAGGGAAGACGUUACUGGCAAGAGCUGUUGCUAGCAGUCUGGAGACCAACUUCCUCAAAGUCGUGUCGUCUGCCAUCGUCGACAAGUAUAUCGGAGAAUCAGCUCGACUUAUCAGAGAAAUGUUUGGCUAUGCCAAAGAACACGAGCCUUGUAUCAUCUUUAUGGACGAAAUCGAUGCCAUUGGAGGACGAAGAUUUUCUGAGGGUACAUCGGCAGAUCGUGAAAUUCAGAGGACAUUGAUGGAGCUUCUCAACCAGCUGGAUGGAUUCGAUUAUUUGGGUAAGACAAAGAUUAUUAUGGCAACAAAUCGACCGGAUACUCUUGAUCCAGCGCUCCUACGUGCGGGACGUUUGGACAGGAAGAUCGAGAUUCCUCUUCCUAAUGAGGUUGGCCGCUUGGAGAUUAUGAAGAUUCAUGCUGCUGGUGUGGUCACCGAAGGAGAUGUUGACUUUGAGAGUGUGGUUAAGAUGAGUGAUGGCUUGAACGGAGCUGAUCUUCGAAAUGUGGUUACCGAGGCGGGCCUGUUUGCGAUCAAAGACUACCGGGACGCUGUGAACCAAGACGAUUACAACAAAGCGGUUCGGAAAGUGACGGAGUCGAAGAAGCUGGAGGGCAAGCUGGAAUACCAAAAACUUUAG